CACCGGGAGAGGCACAAUGGUGGUACUGGUGCUUCCUUCCAAUGCCAGUCAAUCCAUCAAGACCACAUUUGUAAUGAUGACAGUGACAAGAGUGAAGACAGUCCAAGUCCGAAGAGACAACGCCUUUCUCAUUCAGUCUUUGACUACACAGCAGCAUCACCAGCCCCAUCGCCGCCAAUGCGACCAUGGGAGAUGACAUCAAAUAGGCAGCCUCCUUCAGCUCGACCCAACCAACAUCACUUCUCAGGGGAACGAUGCAACACACCUGCACGCAACAGGAGGAGUCCUCCUGUUAGACGCCAGAGAGUGAGAAGGGAUCGUCUGUCUCGACAUAAUUCCAUUAGUCAAGAUGAAAACUAUCACCAUCUCUCCUACGGACAGCAACAAGCAAUAGAAGAGCCCCGAGCCUUCCACCCACCGAAUGUAUCCCCCCGUAUGUUGCACCCAGCUGCUCAUCCGCCACAGCAGAAUGCAGUGAUGGUUGAUAUUCAUGAACAGAUCCACCAGGGCACAGUCCCUGUCUCCUACACAGUAACAACAGUGGCACCACAUGGGAUUCCGCUUUGCACAGGCCAGCACAUACCAGCUUGUAACACGCAGCAGGUCCCAGGAUGUUCUGUGGUUUUCAGUGGACAGCACCUUCCCGUUUGCAGUGUGCCUCCUCCGAUGCUUCAGGCAUGCUCAGUCCAACACUUACCAGUACCAUAUGCAGCAUUCCCACCUCUUAUUUCUAGCGAUCCAUUUCUUUUGCAUCCUCCUCACCUCUCUCCACACCAUCCUCCACACCUGCCACCACCAGGCCAGUUUGUUCCCUUCCAAACACAACAGUCACGGUCGCCACUUCAGAGGAUAGAGAACGAAGUAGAACUGCUUGGAGAACAUCUUCCUGUAGGAGGUUUUACCUACCCUCCCUCAGCCCAUCCACCAACAUUGACUCCCUCAGCCCCUCUCCAGUUCUUAACGCACGACCCCUUACACCAGGAGGUGUCCUUUGGAGUACCUUAUCCACCCUUUAUGCCUCGAAGACUCACAGGGCGCAGUAGAUACCGAUCCCAGCAGCCAAUUCCACCACCCCCUUAUCAUCCCAGCCUGUUACCAUAUGUGCUAUCAAUGCUUCCAGUGCCACCUGCAGUUGGACCAGCUUUCAGCUUCGAGUUGGAUGUGGAAGAUGGAGAGGUGGAAAACUACGAGGCAUUGCUGAAUUUGGCAGAACGGUUGGGAGAAGCCAAACCGCGAGGACUGACAAAAGCAGACAUUGAACAACUUCCAUCUUACAGGUUCAAUCCAAACAACCACCAGUCAGAACAGACUUUGUGCGUAGUAUGCAUGUGUGAUUUUGAGUCAAGGCAGCUACUUAGAGUCUUACCUUGUAACCACGAGUUCCAUGCCAAGUGUGUCGAUAAAUGGCUUAAGGCAAAUCGUACCUGCCCAAUUUGUAGAGCUGAUGCUUCAGAAGUGCAUCGUGAUUCAGAAUGACCAAUCUAAGAGCACAAUUCUAGUUUGGGUGUUCCUAGUCACAUGUAUAGACGAACUAUCCAUUGAACUUACCUGUGUGGCUGCCAGCCUUCCCUUUACACAAAAGGGUCAAUGGACCUUUUUUUGCACUGUGUGAUUUAAUCAAUUAUAAAAGCUUAUAAUUAGUCUUCACAAUUAUGGGAUUGUUAUACUAACCGUGUGAUUGGAACUCCAAAGAUUUUAUUUUCUUUAGCUUAAUUUUGUGUGUGCACUAACAUUCCCUGGUUUUUGUGUGAUCAUUCCGAGUGUUGCUGCGAGAUUACAGUGGACGUGAUCUUUUAGCAUGUGCUUUUAUAAAAAGUGGUAGCUCCAAACAAUAUAGCAAUCUACCUUUAUAUAGAGCCUUCAGAUACUGUGAGUGGGAAUGAAUGGUGUGGGUGGGUAUGUAUGCACACACGAGAGUUUGUGUGGGAUGUGUUCGCGAGUGUCUGUGUGCGUAUGUUUGAGAACCUAUAUACCAGCAUGUACUGAGAACGUAUGUGUGUAGUAUUAAUUAUGCUGCAAUGUAUAAUCCUGUGUGUUAUUUAAACAGUACUAGUACUGUACACUGGUUUCUUUCCUUGUGUUUGCAGUUGCACACUGAAUGCUAAGGGUGCAGCAAUUAUAGGCAUUUAAUAUUUCCUCCCCAAUGUACUUAAUGGUAUAAAAAGACCUUUUAACUUUUAUUCGGACAACUGUUAAUGCUCCCUUCACUGGCAGUUGUAAAUGUACCACUAAAGAGUGCAUUGAUUGCGCAAUACAUGAUUAGUCUUAUUUUUAGCGUAUGUCAUAAAAUCCAGAUUUUAAAAUUGCUAAUUUAUCAAUAGUUGCAAUAUCGCACAAAAUCAGUUAGCAAUAUUAAUAUUGACGAAUUGAUCAUUUGAAUGUUGAUGCUUUUCUGUUUUCCUUUGUAAUUCCUCUAGUCCGUUUUAAUUGUGUUCAGUUGAUUUCAGAACAAAUGUAAGUUCUGAAAAUGCUGAAGUAACAUAUCCCUCCCCAUACACAGAAGCUGAAAGGACAUUGAGAGUCUUGUGCAACAGCUCUUCACAUUGUUGGCCAUUGUACUUGCUAAGUACAUAAUCAUUUAGUUUAUAAAUUCGGAUUUAACUCGUUCAUGUUCUUUUUCAUGUAUAAGGGAGUUUGUGUAAAUGGAAGAGAGGCUUUCUUUUUAUUUCUGCAACUAUAUGUAGAAAAUAUAAUUUUAAGCGUUUUCUCAGAGCAGAGGAACUUACUAACUUUAUCAGUGUACCACAGUAAGUUUUUGUGGUUGUUCGCUGCUUGAGUCAAAUGGCAUAGGAUGCUUCGUCUGCCCUUCCCUGAUAGGUAAUGCGUUUUUUGCAUGAAUAAAAAACUCCCUUGGUUUUUCUAUUGGUAGCCAGAAUAUUUACCUUAAAAGAAGAGUGUAUUAAUACACAAUCAGAAACAAAUAAUGCUGUGAAAUAGGAGUUAAUCUCCAUUCAGCUGCCCUGCAAAUGUUAUAGCUGGAUUGUUAAAAAAUUGGCUUUGUUUGAUGUUUCAGACUGUUAAAGGUUUUAAAAUUCGAGGUGCACUUUUUUGCAUCACUGUGCUUUCUCCUAAAUGUAAUGUCAUUACUUUGGUUCCAAUAGCACAAGUGGCACAACUAGCAAUAUUGCUGUAACCUGCUGCCAGUCUCAGCUUUAAGUUUGUGUCAUUUCUGAUGCUUUUGUGUGCUGCUAUGCUUUAGUAUCAGUUAUAUUUUCAGACAGUGUUAUAUGUUCUCCAUGCUGCUUGCCCUUCCUUGAAGGCUCUACAGACCAAUCACAGCUUGUGGUUCAGUAAAACAAAAUGAAAGCACAAUUUUGCCCAUGUUUCAGAUGCUAUUGCCUCUGUUUAGUUACACAAGUAGAACUAAAAACAUGCUUGUCUGUCCAUAUGUCAGUACCUAACACUACGUAAAUCAAAUUUAUUACAAAAUAUACAAUGUACAACCACUUUAAACAUGUUUGUUUUUUCCCUGGAUGUGCUAAGGAAUGGAACUGUCAUAUGUCACCAAAACAAAUUAAAUCUCAUAUAGUAAACUUUAUUUUUUUAAAUGAAUGAAAUCAUGUGUUUAAAAAGAAGUGUAUGCCACACAUCUUAUAAUACUUAGGGUCUUUUAUAUAGCUGCAAAAAAAAUUUCUACCUGUACAGAUCUAACCAUAACAAACACUACUACUCUCAGUAUUCACUUUAUUGAAGCAUGGAAAUAAGUCACUUUUCUAAGUUAGAUAGAAAUGCAUAAUUAACAGGGCACAUUUUACUAAUAUGAAGUAAACUAGUCCUCUUUCCUGAAUUGGAGAAAUCUUGAUGUGUAAUGGCCCUCUUUCCCAGCAAAGUUCUGUGAGGCAGUUGGAGAUUUAAGGCAGCAGAAAGGUCUAAUUUGGUAAAAUACUGAAUUUAAUUGUUGCACUCUUGUGGCUGAUCUCUUCUGGAAUGUUUCUUUUGUUUGCAUGGGACUCUUGCAGAUGUGUGCAGACUUGCUUCCUGUGGUUAGUGUGUAUAAAAAGCACACAUGCAUGUGUUCUGAACCAGCUCAGACUGGCUACAACAACCUUUCAUGUUGUGGCUGUCAUGUCAAAAGAGGAGGGGAAGGGGAUUCAUGCUCAGCCUUUACUGCCAUGUGUUACGCACAUUUGUGUCUAAUUCCACAGCCUGCAGUAGUGCCUGGCACUAUCAGAAUCCAGUAAAAGGCUUAUUUUGGUUGCCUCCCCCCUUUCCCACCUCCCUUCUAAAAACAACUGUUGGCUUUACCAUGUUGGCACUGCUGUGUUUUUUUGUUUUUGUUUUUGCAUGAUUUGUCAAUUUAAUUUGACUUUGCUCUGUUUUAAUGGAUAUCAAGGCCUACAGAUUUCUCCAAGGUCUCAUUUUGUGGGUUUUCUUUUACAGAAUGUUUUCUGUGCAAAGUAAUUUUUUUGUUGUUGUUAUACUGUUUUUGUACAGUCUCUUGAAUGUGAUUUCUCAGCUGUUAACAUUUACACUUUUUGUAAUACUUGGAAUGGUGGGAUUUACCAAUAUGGUUUUUUUAAGCUUCCUGAAAAUGUAUUCUUGACUGAGUUAUCUUUAGGCCUUAAUAAAAGCUGUUCGCCCCCGCCCCCUCCCCAUUGGUACAUUCAGUUACCUCAUUUUGCUAUGUGUUUCAGAUUUGCUAAUGAUUAUGAAAGUUUAUAGAUUUUGUUGGAAUCAUAUUUUGUCAAGUGUUUUCUUUAAAAUCAUACUCUAUUGUAUCAGUUAACAUGUAGUUUUAAAUGUAUUAUAAAUAUCUGUAACCAAAUCAUUUGAAGGCUUGAUAAAUUUUUAACAAAAUUUGUACAUUUUUUAUGAGAGUUACUAGUAAUGCUUUACUAAGUAGUGCAAUGAAUUUUUAUUUUUAAUCCCUGUGCCCAAUUUUGGAGUUGAGAGAGUUGUUCAGUAAUAAAUGUAUGAUGUACACUUA